AUGCCUUCCUUACCAAUUUCAUUUGUGGGAAAAAAAAAGUUGAAGCCACCGGCACACUUGAACAACAUAGUUCAAAAGGAAGGAGAGUUGCUGAAAUAUUAUAUUAAACGUUUCAACUUUGAGUCGCUCCAAGUCCGGAAACAUUCAGACGAAACAGCACUCAACUCGAUCAUGCAAGGUGUCAGAGACAAGUCAUUUCUGGCCUCCUUGGACAAAAACCCGCCGACUACUUUGGCAGAGUUCAUGGCUCGGUUAAACAAAUAUGCGGAUGCCGAGGAAACCCGAAUCAUGCGCGAAGCCGCCCAGAACGUAAAAGUCCCGGCCAAAGAGUCAGCAAAGAAAGAAGUUGACUCGGCCAGUGGGAAGAAGCGUAAAGAUGAUCGGACACGUGAUGAGCGUAAGUCGGGUAAACGGCUAGACCGCAAGUUUUUAAUGUAUACCUUGCUCAAUAAGUCACAAGAGCAGGUUUUGAUGGAAAUCAAAGGCGAAGGAUUCGUCAACUGGCCAGAUAGGUUCCGAAGCAACCCGAAUCGACGGAGCAAAAACAAGUACUGCCAUUACCAUUGCAAUCAUGGGUAUAAUACGAGUGACUGCUACCACUUGAAAGAAAAAAUCGAGCGACUCAUCCAAAAAGGACAUCUCAGAGAGCACGUCGAAAGGACCGGAACAACGGAAGAACGUUCGGGUGAAAACCGACCCACGGAGGAAAUCCGAACCAUCGUUGGUGGUCCCCGAGGUGGAGGCAACUCAAAAAAUGCUUGGAAAAAUCAUUCCAGGAGCAUCAGUCAACUCGAGUCCGAAAUCCUGAUAUUGGCUCGGCCUUCAAAAGAAAAGAAAAUUGAGAAAUAUUGUAUUUCAUUCACUGAUGAAAAUGCUUGGGGCAUCCAUCAUACGCAUGAUGACGCAUUAGUCGUCACCCUCACGAUAGCAAACCGCAAGGUAUUCCGUAUUCUCGUGGACAUAGGGUCAUCUGCAGACGUUCUGUUCAUUCAAGCAUUUGACAAAAUGAGUGUCGAACGAUCGGCAUUACGGCCAGUUCACACCCCAUUAAUCGGUUUCUCUGGUCGACGAACACUCCCUGAAGGAGUCAUCUCAUUGUUACCCACUGCUGGUAACUCUCCGUACUAA